AUGUAUACUGACAAAGGCGCAAACUCAGACCGCAUGGAGUUCAACACCUCCAAGGAGGUCACGGUUGCUCCUACCUUCGAGGACAUGCACUUGAAGGAGAGCCUCCUGCGCGGUAUCUACGCUUACGGCUACGAGUCUCCAUCGGCAGUGCAAUCGCGAGCCAUCGUGCAGAUCUGCAAAGGCCGCGACACGAUUGCCCAGGCGCAGUCCGGUACAGGUAAAACGGCUACCUUCUCGAUCAGUAUCCUGCAGGUCAUCGACACCGUUGUGCGCGAGAGUCAAGCGCUCGUGCUAUCCCCGACUCGCGAACUUGCCACGCAGAUCCAGUCCGUCAUCAUGGCGCUCGGCGACUACAUGAACGUGCAAUGCCACGCCUGCAUCGGAGGCACGAAUAUCGGCGAGGACAUCCGGAAGCUGGACUACGGACAGCACGUCGUUUCCGGUACGCCUGGUCGUGUCGCGGAUAUGAUCCGUCGGCGCCACCUGCGCACCCGCCACAUCAAGAUGCUGGUGCUGGAUGAAGCCGACGAGCUGCUCAACCGCGGUUUCCGUGAACAGAUCUACGACGUCUACCGCUACCUGCCCCCGGCCACGCAGGUGGUGGUCGUCUCCGCGACCCUCCCCUACGACGUCCUGGACAUGACGACGAAGUUCAUGACCGACCCCGUGCGUGUGCUGGUCAAGCGUGACGAGUUGACCCUGGAAGGCAUUAAGCAGUACUUCAUCGCGGUGGAGAAGGAAGAAUGGAAAUUCGACACCUUGUGUGAUCUCUACGAUACACUCACCAUCACCCAGGCCGUGAUCUUCUGCAACACGCGCCGCAAGGUCGACUGGCUGACGGACAAGAUGCGCGAGGCCAACUUCACCGUGUCCAGCAUGCACGGCGAGAUGCCCCAGAAGGAACGUGACAGUAUCAUGCAGGACUUCCGCCAGGGUAACUCGCGAGUGCUUAUCUCGACCGACGUCUGGGCCCGUGGUAUCGACGUCCAACAGGUCUCCCUGGUCAUCAACUAUGAUCUCCCCACCAACCGUGAAAACUACAUCCACCGUAUCGGUCGUAGCGGUCGUUUCGGAAGGAAGGGUGUCGCCAUCAACUUCGUUACCAGCGAUGACGUGCGGAUCCUCCGUGAUAUCGAAUUGUACUACUCCACACAGAUCGAUGAGAUGCCUAUGAACGUCGCCGAUCUCCUCUCAUAA